UAUGAAAGGAGCGAAACAAUAAAAGAAAUAAUCAAUUUGGGACUAGGUUAAAAAUGAAGAGAAGGAUUUCUAUUUCAAUUACCUCUCUAAAAAAUCUAGAAAUAUACAGAAGAAAUUAAAGGACAUAGCUGAUUUGGAAGAAUUAUCAAAGACAAAAGAAUUAAAGCCAGAAUAAGUUCAAAAGAUUUAAAGUAAAGAAGAAAACAAUGAAAAAUUAAAGGAAUUUGAAGCUUAAUUAACUAAUUGGCUAUCAGCAAAGAGAGAAGCAGAAUAAAGUGGAACACUCCUAACUUAAGAAGCAUUCAUUCUCAUUUUAGAGCAUUUAUCUGAAAAUCAAGACACAGUUGCCCUUCUUUCUCAAGAACAUAAUUCACUUUAUGAACUUGCUAAAAUACUUUAAAAUAGAGUAAAUGGGUAAUUGAGAAAGAAAGAUCAAUCAUGGAAGGGUUUGAAUGUAAAUAUAUAAAUAAUUAAUUUAGUUGAAACAUUAAGUAUAAUCUGAACCAUAAAAAGAAGUUUAAGAAGUCUAAACAUUAAAAUAAGAAUCACCUUAACCUUAAGAAAUUGUUGAAACAUAGAAAGAAUAGACAUAAUAAUAAGAGUAAUAUGUAUUAAUGAAAUCUAGUCCAAAAAAAUCAUUCUAAGAAGAAACUAGGACUUAAGUACAUUAAACAUUAGAUUAAUAAGAUAAUUAACAUUCUGAUGAUAUUUAAAAAUAAGAAAUUACCAAUUAAGAAUAAAAUACAAAUCAACCUUAGGAAUAAUAAUAAUAACCAGAUUAGAAUGAAAAAUAAGAUAAUUAAGAGAAAACUCAUUAAAAUAGAGAAGGACAUAGAUAAAAUUAUUAAAAUGAUAAUCCAAGAAAAGGUUAUAAGAAGAAUUAUCAUCACGAUAAUAAUUAUGAUAGAAGAAAUAAUGGAGAUGAUUAUAAAAAUAGACCUUAUAGAGGAAACAGAUAAUAUCACAAUAGAGAUAGAUAAUAAAAGGAAGAAUGGUAAGAAAAGAAGGAAGUAGUAGAAUAAUAAUACAAUAAUGAUCAUUAAAGUUAACAUAGUUCCGAUGAAGAAUAUAUAACCAUUGAACGCAGGUUAUUCAUUUUUUAUAUUCUUUUAGAUAAAAAAAGCCAUAAUAGAAACCACAGAGAGGUGGAAAUAGAAAUAGAUAAUAAAAGUAAGGAGACACUCAAUAGAAUGUUAAUGUUGAAUAAUGAG